AACCCAGACAUCUCCAGGCGACCAGGCGGUCCAGGCCUUUCGCUCGCAUCGCCUUCUCCCACCUCCGGGCUCCGGCUCGUCUCCCCGAGACCACGCGACACAGGCAAAGCAAGCAAACCCUUCGCAAAACCGAACUCCCCACUACGUCCCCACGCCGGAAAGCCACCAACGCGCUCCCCGCACGCGUGCCAACCCAUGCUCGCCGCCGCCUCGUGAUCCCGCGCCCCGGCCUCCUAACCGCCCCCGAAAGCUCCUCGCCAUGGCGGCGCCGGAGCGGGAGGCCGCGCUCCUCGCGCGCGUGGCGACCAACCACCUCUUCCUCGCGCAGUUCGAGCCCCUACGCGCGGCGCUCCUCAGCCUCCGCCGCCGCGCCGAUCCGGAGCUCGCCGCGGACUUCCUCCGCGCGGUCGUCGCCGCGGGCGGCCGCGUCCCGGGCGUGCUCUGGUCCGCGCCCCCCGCGUGCCCCUCCCCGUCCCACCUCGCCUGGCUCGCCGCGCUUGAGCUCGCCGCCCUCCCCUCCACCCCCAACCCCGAGGCGCUGCGCCUCAAGGCCGAGUUCCUCGUCCUCCUCCAGCCCAUCGCCGACGACCCCGCCACCGGCGCCGAGGCCCGGGUGACCCUCGCGAGGCUGCUGGAUUUGGGGGUGGCGAGGCUGAGGCGCGAGGUCCAUGGCGGAGGGGAGGCGAGCGGCGUUGGUUCCGAGGAGGCCCCUGUCUCCGAGGAGGAUCUGAGGGGGCUAUGGGCGGUGUUCCUCGACAACGCCCUCGUGUUCGACGCACUGUGCGUGGGCAUCUCGAGGCAGAUUGGCCUGGAAGGGGGCAUCGGCGCGGAUGUGCUCCUGUGGUUGCGGCUGAACGUUCAGCUUGGCCAUUUGGAUGCGAUGAAGACGCUUGUCACGGCGUGUGAUCUCGAGGGUGCUGCUGGGCAUCUUCGGUUUCUUUGCCUUGAAUGUGGCGUGGAAGAAGAUGAUUACAAGGUUGUCCUAGCAGAGCUUGUCAGAAAGGGUUGGGCCAAAGCAUCCAAUUAUGGCGGAACAUGGUCUGACUCGCGUGAUAGAAUAAUUAAAAUGUAUGGAGCUGCUCUUCAGUCUAGUACUCCCCAGCUUGUUCAACUGAUUCAGCUCAUUUUGGACGACAUUCUUGCUGAAGAAAUUGAAGAUCAUGGUGUCUCUGAUGCUAAUUGGACGCCUCUUCCUUUUAAAAAGUUGCUGGAAACAUUGUCAUUGGAGAGGGAUGCUGAUUCAGAUGACAAGACCUUGUCGGAUUCAGCUAUAACAUCCUGCAAGAAAGAUCUGUACCAUUAUUCUCGAAUAUCCGGAAAGCAUGUCCUUGAAGUAGUCAUGGAAACUGCUCUAUCAUCAAUUAAGAGAGAGCAGCUUCAAGUGGCUGUUAAUGUUGUUUCACUGUUCCCCCUUCUCCAGCCAUUGGUUGCUGUCUUGGGGUGGGAUAUUUUGAAGGGUAAGACAGCACUGCGUAGAAAGCUAAUGCAGCUAUUCUGGACAAGCAAAUCCCAAGCUCUGCGACUACAGGAAUAUUCAAAUUACCGUAGUCAGACUGAUGAGACAUCCUGCGAGGAGUUCUUGUGUGAUCUUUUAUGCUUUCAUCUGGAUCUUGCAUGUUUUGUUUCCAGUGUGAAUUCUGGCCGCCAGUGGAAUUUGAGGAAUUCAUUAUUGUUCUCCCAACAAGAGCAAGAUUCUGAUGUUAACAAUGCAGAAAUAUUAGACCCUUUUGUUGAGAACCUGAUACUUGAGCGGUUAGCCGUUCAGACUCCCAUGAGAGUGCUAUUUGAUGUGGUCCCAGGAAUAAAAUUUCAAGAUGCAAUCGAGCUUGUCGGUAUGCAGCCACUUCCUUCAACAGCUGCAUCUUGGAAGAGGAUGCAUGACAUCGAACUGAUGCACAUGCGAUAUGCUCUUCAGUCUGUUGCGCUUGCUCUAGGAGAGAUGGAAAAGAGUGCUGGUGGCGGGAAUGAGUGCUAUUAUCACAAAGCAUUGUCAUAUUUGAGGGAGAUGCAAAAUUUUAUUGAGGCUAUCAAAAGUACUCCACGAAAGAUUUUCAUGGUCAGCAUUGUAUUAUCAUUGUUACAUAUGGAUGACUGUGUCAAGCUGUCCCAAGCAAUCCCUUCCGAAUGUUAUGUUACUUCUGGAUGCCAUGAUAGUAAUUUUGAAUCAGAAGGAAAGAACAUAGUGAUAUCUUUUGUUGGGUUUCUACUUGACAUACUUCGUCAAAAUCUCCACUUAAAAGGCCCUGAUACGGAUCAUCUUUCAAGUACUGGUCUGUCACCUGCUGGUAAACAAGCAUUAGAAUGGAGGCUCAAACAUGCCAAACAUUCCAUCGAAGACUUGGAUUGGCGUCUAUCUGUUCUUCAACGCCUUCCACCUCUGUCUGAGCGGCAAUGGAGUUGGAAAGAGGCAUUAGUUCUUUUGCGUGCUGCUCCAUCAAAAUUACUGAAUGUGUGCAUGCAAAGGGCAAACUAUGAUAUAGGAGAAGAAGCUGUUCAACGAUUCUCUUUACCCGCUGAGGACAAAGCUUCUCUUGAACUAGCUGAAUGGGUAGCUGGUGCAUAUAAAAGAGCAUUGAUUGGCAGAUACUCUUUGUCUUUUAAGGUUGAAGAUGCUGUAAAUCGUGCCACAGACAACACAAGUGCCGAACAAGAAUUGGAUAUUUUGUCAUUUCGUGCUCAGCUUGGUUCUCUUACUACGAUUCUGCUUUGCAUUGAUGUUGCUGCAACUUCUGCCCGGUCAGGUGAUACAUGUCGAUUUCUUCUUGACGAGGCAACAAGUUUGUUAUCUGAAAUAUUUCCAGGAAGCUGCCCGAAAAUUGGUUCAACGUAUUGGGAUCAGAUACAAGAAGUUGCUAUCAUAUCAGUGAUAAAGCGCAUCCUUCAGCGUCUGCGUGACAUCUUGGAUCUGGAAGCUAAUCAACAUCUUCAAGUGGUUUUUACCGAGAUGAGUAUCUCUUUGUCAACUGAAUCUAGCAGAGUUGGACAAAAGCAACGUCCUCUUGGGCUUCUGCACCAGAUGAUUGAUGACACCUUCAAAGGAAAACGACAGUUCCUGAGUGGUAAGCUUCACAAUGUUGCUAGAGCUAUUGUUGAUGAGGACUCUGAUAGCGUUUACUCGAAAGAAGGUGUUAAGUUAGAAAAGAAAGAUAUUUUGAGCUCUGAGAAAGGUGUAGUCCUUGGUCAUGGGCUCAGAAUUCUGAAACAGGCGUCUAGGAGUGACCUUCCAGCUCCAAAUGCUCUGGAAAGCAGUCCAGAACAUAAAGGUUCUGCAAAAAGGUACCUGAGUCCUGUAUCAACAAAGCCAUCAACAUAUUUAUCGAACUUCAUAAUAUAUAUUGCAACCAUCGGGGACAUAGUUGAUGGAACUGACACGACUCAUGAUUUCAACUACUUCUCAUUAGUCUACGAAUGGCCAAAAGAUCUAUUAACUCGUCUAGUUUUUGAGCGUGGAAGCACCGAUGCUGCUGCAAAAGUAGCUGACACAAUGGGUGUUGAUUUUGUGCACGAGAUCAUAUCAACUUGCGUGCCACCUGUUUUCCCUCCACGAUCAGGACAAGGGUGGGCUUGCAUUCCUGUUUUACCUACCCUUUCUAUCAUGUCAGAAAACAGACCAUGCACCAUUUCAAAACCCCUUCGUCCUCCUCAAGGAUGGAGUUCACGUGAUUCGUCAUCGUCUUCUCGCCAGGAACCCCUCUAUCCUCUACAGUUAAAUUUAGUGAAGCAUUUAGCGCAGUUGUCAUCAGUAAGAGCAGUUUUGGCAUGUGUAUUUGGAAGUAGCAUACUAUCUGGUGACAAUGAAUCAUCUCCUAAUUAUGUGAAAGAUGCAACACAAGCUCCUGAAAUUGAGAGGUCAUUCUAUGAAUUUGCUCUUGAGCAGUCAGAAAGAUACCCAACCUUGAACCGGUGGAUACAGAUGCAGUCUAACCUUCAUCGAGUGUCUGAGUCUUCCGUGACAGCUAAAACUGAAAAUGAAGUCUCUUUGCAUCAAUCCAAGGGAAAAUUUUCUAUGAAGCGAGCUCGUGAACCUGACAGUGAUGCUGAACCAGAGCUUGAAGAUAUUGUCAUAAGCGGGAAAACCACUUCAAGCUCACCAGAAUCCCCUAAACAUGAAGAUGCUAGACUAGAGCCAACAGCUUUUAUUUCAUUUGACUGGGAGAAUGAAGGACCAUAUGAGAAAGCUGUUGAGAGGCUAAUUAAUGAAGGAAAACUAACUGAUGCUCUUGCUGUAUCUGAUCGCUGUUUGCGCAAUGGAGCAUCUGAUAAAUUGCUUCAAUUGCUCAUCGAACAAAAGGAAGAAAGAAGUCUAGGCACAGGACAAAUUCGUGCAUACGGAUCUCAUACUUUUGGGAGUAAUACUUGGCAGUAUUGCUUGAGGCUGAGAGAUAAAAAACUUGCUGCUCAGCUUGCUCUGAAGUACCUGCACAGUUGGGACCUUGAUGCUGCAAAUGAUGUCUUAACUAUGUGCAUCUGCCACUUACCUGAGAAUGAUCCUACACGGAGUGAGGUGCUGCACAUGAAGCAAUCUUUACAUCGCUAUGGUCAUAUUAUGAGUGCUGAUGAACACUACACCAGAUGGCAAGAGGUUGAAGUCGAUUGUGAGGAUGACCCAGAGGGCUUGGCACUUCGGCUUGCUGCCAAAGGAGCUGUUUCUGCUGCUUUAGAGGUUGCUGAAAGUGCCUCUUUAUCAAUUGAUUUGCGGAGAGAACUGCAAGGCCGCCAGCUUGUCAAAUUGCUAACGACAGAUCCGCUUAGUGGUGGAGGCCCAGCCGCAGCUUCAAGAUUUCUGUCAACCUUAAGAGAUUCCAAUGACGCUCUUCCUGUAGCCGUUGGUGCUAUGAACCUAUUACCUGAUCUGCGCUCUAAGCAGCUCCUUGUACACUUUUUCCUGAAGCGUACUGUUGGGAAUCUGUCAGAGGCUGAGAUUGCAAGACUUAAUUCAUGGGCCUUAGGUCUUCGUGUUCUUUCCUUGUUGCCAUUGCCAUCACAACAGCGCUGUUCCUCUCUGCAUGAACAUCCUCAGUUGAUCCUGGAAGUGCUAUUGAUGAUGAAGCAACUCCAGUCUGCCUCUUUGAUUUUGAAAGAAGUUCCAUCCUUGAGGGAUGAUAGGUUAAUUAUUUCUUAUGCUAAGAAAGCAAUCUCUGUUAAUGUUUGUUCUACUCCUAGGGAGCCUCGAUUGACCAUCUCUGGAUCAAGAGCAAAACAAAAAAAGACUGCAACACCAGCUAAAACAAAUUUUGUGCAGAGUUUUGGUAACUUUCAGAGAGAAGCGCGCAAAGCAUUCUCAUGGGUCCCCCGUGAUAGUGGCUCUAAAACUCCCCAAAAAGAUAUUCUUCGGAAAAGAAAGAGUUCAGGUUCAGGAGGCGAUAAAUCCUCUUGGGACGCAAUGCCUGGUGUGCAGGAGGAGAGGACACCUGUAUAUCCUUCGGAAGGGCAAGAUAGACUUCCUUUCGUCUCUGCUCCUGAGGAGUGGAUGCUGACUGGAGACCCUGUCAGGGAUGACAUGACUCGUGCAUGUCAUAGAUAUGAAACCUCUCCUGACAUCACACUGUUCAAGGCAUUGCUUUCAUUGUGCACCGAUGAGUCAGUAGCUGCAAAAGGUGCACUCGAAUUGUCUAUGACUCAAAUGAAGGCUGUACUAAGCUCCCAACAAUUGCCCCUUGAUGCCUCUAUGGACAACAUAGCUCGGGCUUAUCACGCGACGGAAACUUAUGUUCAGGCACUCUCUUAUGCCAAAAAUCUACUGAAAAGGCUCGCUGGGAGUACUGAUUUGUCAAGUGGCUCUGAAAAAAGUAGGGAUGUUGAUGAUAUUUCUGUCGAUGCUGUCAGUUCAAGCACUGGAAGCCAGUAUCUAGAUGAGCUGUCUGAUCUCCUGGCUCAAGCAGAUAUAUGGUUAGGACGUGCAGAACUGCUUCAAAGCCUGCUGGGAUCUGGUAUUAUUGCCUCGCUUGAUGAUAUUGCGGACAAAGAAUCUUCAACUAGUCUGCGUGACAGACUGGUCAGUGACGAAAGAUACAGCAUGGCUGUAUAUACUUGUAAAAAGUGCAAGAUUGACGCCUUUCCAGUGUGGGUUGCAUGGGGCCAUGCUCUAGUUCGAAUGGAACACUAUGCUCAAGCCCGUGUGAAGUUCAAGCAAGCUCUUCAACAAUACAAAGGUGAUGCAACUUCUGUUGUUAUUGAUAUCAUCAACACAAUUGAAGGAGGCCCUCCCGUCGAUGUUUCUAGUGUCCGUUCCAUGUAUGAACAUUUAGCGAAAAGUGCGGCAACCAUUUUCGAUGAUUCCCUUUCUGCUGAUGCUUAUCUUAAUGUUCUAUACAUGCCAACCACGUUCCCACGAUCUGAGAGGUCCAGACAGUCUACGGAUCCUAUAUAUAACCAAUAUGUUCCUGCCGGCUCGUACCUUGAAGAUGGUCCUCGCAGCAAUAUUGAUAAUGCCCGAUAUGCUGAGUGUAUUCAUUACUUGCAAGAAUAUGCUCGUCCGCAAAUGCUUGCUUUCAUGUUCAGGCAUGGUCAUUAUGCUGAAGCAUGCUCUCUGUUCUUCCCAUCCAGUCAACAAACCGUAGAAGGGGAGACAUCUUUGUCUUCGAUUCCACGGAGUGAUCCUUUAACAACUGAUUAUGGUACAAUUGAUGACUUGUGCGAUCUAUGUCUUGGAUAUGGUGCUAUGUCUGUAUUGGAAAAUACAAUAUUGGCAAUAACACAGUCGCCCACAUAUCAUGACAUAUCUGUGAUCCAGUACAUGAACACUGUUCUCACUCGGAUUUGCAACUAUUGCGAAACACAUCGGCAUUUUAAUUAUCUCUACAACUUUUUGGUUCUAAAAGGUGACCAUGUUGCUUCUGGCCUUUGUUGUAUUCAAUUAUUCAUGAAUUCAGUGUCUCAAGACGAGGCUUUGAGGCAUUUGGGACAUGCCAAGACACAUUUUGAGGAAGCCUUAUCUGUACGAGACAGAACAAUUGAGGCUACAAAGUUGGUGUCAAGGACUGUUCGGAAUAAGAGCGCAUCCGAAAAAAUGACCAGAGAAGUAAUAAUGAAAUUUUCUACCCGUGUUUCUUAUCAGAUGGAUGUAGUGAAGGCCCUCAAUAGUGUAGAUGGUCCUCAGUGGAAAACUUCCCUUUUUGGGAAUCCAACUGACCCUGAAACUCUGAGGCGAAGGUGCAUGGUUGUUGAAACUCUGGCUGAAAAGCAUUUUGAUUUAGCUUUUAGAAUGCUUCAUGAGUUUGAUCUCCCAGCUGCCGAUAUUUAUGCCGGCGUAGCCACUUCCCUUGCUGAAAGGAAAAAAGGUGGCCAGUUAACGGAAUUCUUGAAGAACAUUAGAGGAACUAUAGAUGAUGAUGAAUGGGAUCAGGUUAUUGGUGCUGCUAUAAAUGUUUAUGCUAACAAGCAUAAAGAAAGACCAGAUCGCCUCAUUGACAUGCUAAUCAGCAAUCACAGGAAAGUACUUGCUUGCGUUGUUUGUGGCCGUCUAAAAAGUGCAUUCCAAAUAGCGUCACGAAGUGGAAGUGUGGCUGAUGUUCAAUAUGUUGCCCAUCAGGCAUUACAUGCAAAUGCAUUGCCGGUUCUUGAUAUGUGCAAGCAAUGGCUGGCUCAGUACAUGUGAUUCCAAGUGCUGCCACGCCGUAGAGGAGUUUUCGGAUCGAGACAAAAAGGAAAAAGGGAUAAACCAAGGAACUUAAUUCUUCCUUGGGAUGUGGCCACCCUGCGAAUGCUGAGAAAUUUCAGGUCAAAAGACAGGAGGUUGUACAAUUCUCCGUCCUGAACAUGUUUGUACUACUAUGGGCACGCCCGUGUCUCCGUGUAUAUAUAUGUUCUCGUGAGUGGCUCUUCUUGAUGUAUCCGAAUAGGGGAGGGCAUGCGCUUUUGAUCUGUGGUGUAAAGUUCUGUAGUUCCAUUGGUUCCAUCCAGGGAGAUGAGCAUUACUACUAUGAGCGCUUGACAGCCCAUAAAGAGGCUAGUGCCUGCUUUCCUCUUUCCCCACCUAUCCUUUUGAAGAAAAUUGGUUGAUUAUCUCGUUCUCAUUUUUUUGUUGCUUUUAUGCCUCAAAUGUAUCUCAGUACUGAUGGCAUGGUAUGUUGUUGAUACAAUUUGUGUCAGCUGCCUCAUAGUCCUCUUCUUAAGAGGCACCCCCCCCCCCCCAGUUUUGUAUCGUGCAUACAGUGGUACAUAUAAUAACAUUACAUUUGAUAGAUA